GUCAAACAUAAAUUAGCCACAACCGAUAGGAUUUUGUCAACGUGACUGGAACGAUUCUCGCAUGGUCUCAACAGGACUGCCUGUAGUGGGUAAUAUAAAGCCGACCACGGGUUCACCGGCGUUUGUAGAACUUGAUCACCGCGGAUACGAACAGAAGGAUGUCCACAGCGUCUUACUCGGAGAGGGUCACAAUGGGGCCCCUGGUCGCAGCUAUCGAUCAAGGCACAAGCUCGACGAGGUUUCUGGUGUUCGAUUCUAAAACGGCAGAGCUGCUUAGUCACCACCAGGUUGGGAUAAAGCAGAGUUUCCCUAAAGAGGGCUGGGUAGAAGAGGACCCUAAGGAGAUUCUUCAGUCAGUUUAUGAGUGUAUGGAGAGGACCUGUGAGAAGCUCGGCCAGCUCAACAUAGACAUCUCCAACAUUAAAGCUGUCGGCGUGACCAAUCAGAGAGAGACUACGCUGGUUUGGGACAAAGAGACGGGGGAACCGCUCUACAAUGCCAUUGUUUGGCUGGACCUUCGUACACAGUCCACAGUGGAGAGGCUGAUCAACAGCACCCCGGGAAAGAACAAGAACCAGCUGAAGCACAAGACCGGUCUGCCCAUCAGUACAUACUUCAGUGCUGUGAAGCUGCGUUGGCUCAUGGACAACGUGGAGGAGGUCGCUGAGGCUGUCCUGACACACAGAGCCAUGUUCGGCACCGUGGACUCCUGGCUUAUCUGGUGUCUGACAGGGGGGAAGAGUGGAGGGGUGCAUGUCACAGAUGUGACCAAUGCAAGUCGCACCAUGCUCUUCAAUAUACACACCCUGGACUGGGACCCCGAGCUCUGCAAAUAUUUUGAUGUCCCAAUGGAAAUUCUACCCCAAGUGAAGAGCUCCUCAGAAAUAUACGGUUCAAUGAACUCUGGUUCUCUGGCAGGAGUUCCCAUCUCCGGGUGUCUCGGGGACCAGUCCGCCGCUCUGGUUGGUCAGAUGUGCUUCCAGGAUGGACAGGCUAAAAACACGUACGGAACAGGCUGCUUCCUGCUGAGAAACACAGGGAUCAAGCCAGUGAUGUCAGAUCACGGCCUCCUGACCACACUGGCCUACAAACUGGGGAAGGACUCACCAGCCCACUACGCUCUCGAGGGGUCGGUGGCCAUAGCUGGCGCGGUGGUACGCUGGCUGAAAGAUAACCUGGGAAUCAUCCAAUCCUCCGCAGAGAUCGAGAAGCUGGCAGGUGAUGUGGGCUCGUCCUAUGGAUGUUACUUUGUUCCUGCCUUCUCCGGGCUGUACGCCCCCUACUGGGAGCCCAGUGCACGAGGUAUCAUCUGUGGCCUGACUCAGUUCACUAACAGAUCUCACCUGGCCUUCGCUGCGCUGGAGGCUGUCUGUUUUCAGACUAGAGAGAUCCUGGAGGCUAUGAAUCAGGAUUAUGGGGUUCCUUUGACCCAGCUCCAGGUGGACGGAGGCAUGACCUCCAACAGACUACUGAUGCAGCUUCAAGCUGAUGUACUCUGCAUCCCCGUGGUGAAGCCGUCCAUGUCGGAGACCACGGCGCUGGGCGCCGCCAUGGCAGCAGGAGCAGCAGAGGGGGUGGGUGUCUGGAGUCUGACCCCUGGUAACCUCACAACCAUCCCCACCGACAAAUACCAACCCCUGAUCAACCCUGAGGAGAGUGAGUUCCGGUACGCACGAUGGAAGAAGGCCGUCCAGAAGGCCAUGAAUUGGGAGACCACGGAGCCCAUCAUCAGCAAUGGGAACGGCCCGGUCAGCAAUGGGAACGGCCCGGUCAGCAAUGGGAACGGCCCGGUCAGCAAUGGGAACGGCCCGGUCAGCAAUGGGAACGGCCCGGUCAGCAAUGGGAACGGCCCGGUCAGCAAUGGGAACGGACACCACUAGUAGGAUCUGAGCCAACACUAGGAACCGUUGAGGAUACAUAUGGAGUUGAGGAGAGGGGGAACAUACAGAAUGUCACACCCGUCCCUCCAUAGGUCCACAUGGCACCUACAUCUGAUGGCUGUUUGGGCAUGCUGUGGACUCCCUUUCCAUCUGAGAGCAUUCCUGGUCCACAUCCUGUUGCCUCCUGUACAUGUACUCAGCCCCGUUCUCUUAGUCCCAUGGACAAGGGCCCUGUGAACCUGUGAACCUUUUAUCUUGGAAGAAAGGCCCAAAGAUGGAAUCAAUUGAUGGAACUCGACUGUGUGUCUGAACUGUGAUGGAAGAGACUGAUUCUCCUGUGGAAGGAAAAAAAAACAUCCAAUCGUGUCUUGUUUUCUAUGAAUUUAUUAAGCAGAUAUUUUUAAUGUUUUUAUCUUUUUUGUUUGUGUCAGAUGUUGUGACACUGUACAUUUUUUUUUAAUUUUUUUUUAAAUUACAGAUUAAUUACACUGGUUAGUAAUAGCGCCACCUUGUAACCAGUGUUGUGAGAAUGUUGUAGGCUACAUAUCUAUAAUGUGGAAUGGAAGGCCCGCUGGGAGAUGGUUUGCUACUCUGAUGAUCGUAGAUGUACCUAGUUAUAUGUGGGUCCACUUGAAGGAACCUCUGUAUGAAAAGCAUUUGCAGGGUCCUUACAGCACUUUACAAUGAUUGAUUUACGUGUGGAGUGCAUGAUAUGAGUACGACGCUCUGGAUUUUUAAAGGGACAUUUUGUGUAUUUAAAAAAUAAUAAUUAAAUACCGAUUUUAAGGGAUCAUCAGUGGAUAAUGAAAGGUCUGUGAAACACAUUUACUACUUAAGUUGCAAGUGGAAGUUUUAACUACAAAAUGCUUCAUAAGACCUGUGUUUUUCAGUCGUUCAAGAAAAGUAUAUUACUUCCUAAUUACAUUUUUUGGUCAUGAAUUGUCUUGUCCUUACAGCACUUUAUAAUGAUUGAUUUGCAUGUGGACUUCAUGGUAUGGGUACAAUGCGCUAAUGUAAAUGAUAAAAAAAAUAAGUCAAUUAACAGUAAUGCUUUUUGUCAAGAGAUGUAUUAUCAAUUGAUAAUGAAUUGUGGGGAUCAAUGUGAAGGCCAGAAAUAACAAAGUGACAGAGAAAUCUAAAAUGUUAACUGUACAAGAUGAUCUGUUUUGGUUAUUAAUUUACUGAGGAAUGUCAACCUGGUAAAAUUGUUGUAAAGAGGAAAUGAAUCCAAUGUGCUUCAUAUCCCAAAUGGCUGCUUUUCAGACAUGGAUACAGAGAAGCAUGGUCUGGACCUUGUUAUGUAUAAAGAUCUUAUACGUUUUCAGUAACGUCUGUAAAAUCUAAUAUGAAAAUCUAAAGCCCUCGUUCUGUGUAUGGAAAGAAAAGGACACUAAUCUUAAAGUUGUUUUAAAAAAAUGUUUUAAACUACACAUUUCAUUUAAAUUGUUUUUGUUGUAAUUAUUUAAUGUUUUAUUAGAUUUGUCCUUGUUUGUCUUUUCCUGAAAAAUGGGUUUGGGUGCCUCCUAUUCUGUUGUGCAAAGAAGAAUGUGACAAUGCACAUUGCAAUAAAAUGUUACUUUUUAAAAA